CAAAAUAUCCUCUCUUGUUUUUCUUUCUACCUAGGGAAUGAUUCGCCAAUGGAUGAGACGCGCGUCGCGGCUCCAAUCCGCUGCCCAGGGAUUCCUCCGCGCGGGCCCUGGUUCUUGGAGCUCUAGACGCGCGGCUCUGAGCGGCGCCGCUGGAAAUCUCGCGAGAGGGGCGUCGGAGAUCUCGUUCGCAAGGAUUAAGCUCUCGUCGCGGGUGAGGAUCGGCGCCAUCGGCAAAGAAAUGAGCGGCGGGGGUGCCAAGCCGGAGAUCGCCAAGACGAAGAUCGUGUGCACGCUCGGGCCCAAAUCCAGGGAAGUCCCGAUGCUGGAGAAGCUCCUCCGCGCCGGGAUGAGCGUUGCCAGGUUUAAUUUCUCUCACGGCUCUCACGAUUAUCACCAGCAGACGCUGGAAAAUCUCCGGAUCGCAAUGAACAACACCCAGAUCAUGUGUGCUGUGCUGCUCGACACUAAGGGGCCAGAAAUUCGUACUGGGAUGCUAAAGGAUGGAAAGCCCGUGCAGCUGGUGGAAGGAAAGGAGAUUACUAUCUCCACGGACUAUAGCAUUCUAGGCGAUGCUAACACUAUUUCUAUGAGCUAUAAGCGGCUUGCCGAAGACUUGGAACCGGGUAACACUAUCCUUUGCUCCGACGGAACGAUCACUUUGACUGUUCUUUCGUGCGACAAAGAGACUGCCUCGGUCAGGUGUCGGUGCGAAAACACGGCGAUGCUCGGGGAAAGAAAAAAUGUCAACUUGCCAGGGAUUGUCGUUGAUCUGCCUACUAUCACAAAGAAAGACGAGGAAGAUAUAAUGGGCUGGGGGCUGCCUAAUGCGAUCGACUUCAUCGCACUUUCUUUUGUGCGGAAGGGUCAAGACGUCGUCACUGUGAAGAAGCUUCUCGGUUCUCAUUCGAAGGCGAUCCAUAUCAUAUCUAAGGUUGAAAACCAGGAAGGACUCGUGAACUUCGAUGAUAUUCUACGCGAGUCCGAUGGUGUGAUGGUUGCCAGGGGUGAUCUUGGAAUGGAGAUCCCCACGGAAAAGAUCUUUUUGGCCCAGAAGAUGAUGAUAUACAAGUGCAAUGCGGCUGGGAAACCGGUAGUGACGGCUACGCAGAUGCUCGAGUCCAUGAUCAAGUCCCCGAGGCCGACUCGGGCCGAAGCCACAGACGUAGCAAACGCUGUUUUGGAUGGCAGCGACGCGGUGAUGCUCAGUGGCGAGACAGCAGCAGGGGCAUAUCCAGAGAUGGCUGUGAAGAUCAUGUCACGGAUUUGUAUCGAGGCGGAGGCCUCCCUCGACUACGCUACCAUCUUCAAGGAGCUCAUGAAGCAGACUGCUCUCCCGAUGAGUCCCUUGGAGAGCCUGGCAUCUUCGGCAGUUCGGACGGCAAACAAGAUUGGAGCGUCCUUGAUCGUGGUGCUUACCCGAGGAGGAAGCACCGCAAAGCUCGUUGCGAAGUACAGGCCCAAGGUUCCCAUACUCUCGGUUGCGGUGCCGGUGCUUACGACCGACUCAUUGACGUGGUCGUGUAGCGAGGAGUCGCCCGCUCGGCACAGCUUGGUUUGCAGAGGCUUGAUUCCUUUGCUGGCUGAAGGCUCCGCAAAGGCUACGGACUCGGAGUCCACGGACGACAUCCUCAACGCUGCUCUUCGCUACGCUCUAGGCAAGAAUCUGUGCCACAGUGGUGAGUCCAUUGUGGCUAUCCACCGCAUUGGAGCUGCGUCGGUUAUUAAGAUCAUGGAAGUGAAGGCGUCUCGCUAGAUGAGGUACUCCGGUUUUGUGUUCUCGUGGUCUAACUUAAUUCUUAUUGACAUAGAAUAAAGCCGUUCUUUCGGCUGGCAACGAACACUCUCCCAUUUUUAAUAAUACGAUUUUGUUUUUUCUUUUUUA